AUGUACUUCAUCACAAUGUUCCACAAGCAAUGGUACGUCCCACCUAAUUACUACCUACCCCGGGAUUUCUACGAAAAGAUGAACAUGAUGUCAUCCGCCGACGCCGAAUACAGCAUGCUUGUGUCCUUUUGUAAAAGUCGUAAUAUUCGCGUCUACACCCGCAACUCCAGCGGCAGUAUUCGCGUUUGCCAUACGUGCAAACUUUUAAAACCCGACCGAACGCAUCAUUGCAGUACAUGCGAAGCAUGCGUGGUCAAAAUGGACCACCACUGUCCCUGGGUGAAUAACUGCAUUGGAUUCACGAAUUACAAAUACUUUCUUAUGGUUGUAUUGUACGCUGGCAUUCUCUGUACAUAUUAUUUUGCGACCACGUUAGAAUAUAGCAUUGAUUUCUUUAUGGACAUCGGCGAACAUCCCCACUUAAGGAGAGUUAAUAUUGUCAUAUGGUAA